UUGGAUGUUGAUGGCUAUUUGUCCUAAAUUAUAUGAAAUCUAUUGGUUUGAUUCCACUGGUAAUCCGCCACGUGAUGAUAUUAAAGAUAUAGUUGAAACGUCUUUGAAGGCAACAAGCAUAAUAGGUGGAAAGAAAGCAAGUCGUCAAGUAAAAUGGAUUACAUGUUCGUGUGCCAUACAAAGAGGAGGUACCGAAUGCGGAUAUUAUGUGAUGAAAUUCAUUUUGGAAAUCAUUUCAUUGGGAACAUGCAAGGGAAUGAAUAAGCUUUUGGAGAGACAAGGAAGAUUGCCAUACAAUCAAAAAGAAAUUGAUUAAGUUAGAGACAUAUGGUGCCAAUAUUUAGUUGAUGAAUGGAUUGAUAGAUUACUUCUUUAGCUUGAUGAAUUGUGAGAUUUAUGUUAAAUACUUGUUGUUUAUUAGUGUUAUUGAAUUGUGAGAUUUAUGUUGAAUAUUCAAUGUUUUAUUAG